AGAAAUAAAAUAAAUAAUUGGACGUACAUGUAUCGGUAUAUAAUUGUUAUAAACUAAUUAGUAAAACAUAUAAAGUAAAUUUUGUGAAUAAAUUGAAUUGUGUACAGUAGUGAUUUGCAAAAUUAAAUUGUGAAAUACAAACGUCCUUCAAAAAAUGUCUCAAAUAACCGGUCGUGCCCUGCAUUAUGUUUUCAAAAUUGGAAAUCGUUCGAAAAAUUCCUUUUUCUUUCGCAAUAUUUUGGGAAUGAAGGUUUUGCGUCAUGAAGAAUUUAAGGAGGGCUGUGAGGCUCAGUGUAAUGGACCUUAUGACAAUCGUUGGAGUAAAACAAUGGUGGGCUAUGGUCCAGAAUCUUCAAAUUUUGUUUUCGAAUUGACUUAUAAUUAUGGAGUAACCAGCUAUGAAAUGGGCAAUGAUUUCGCUGGUGUCGUCUUAAAAUCUCAGGAAUCUAUUGAACGUGCUUUGGCCAACAAUUAUCCUAUGACCGAUGUGGAGGAUAAAAAAUUAUUAGUUUCCCCUGAUGGCUAUAAAUUCUACAUUAUACCCGAAACUGAGCCGAAAGACCAAGAUCCCGUUGUAAAUGUUGGUCUCAGCGUUUCUAAUCUCGAGCAAUCUAAAAAAUACUGGCAUGAUUUGCUGCGCAUGAAUCUAUUGCUUGAGGAUGAUAAUUCCAUUUUACUUAAUUAUGGUGACAAUCAAGCUGCUUUGUGCCUCAAACAAAGUAAAGAAGCCUUAAACCGGGCCAAGGCUUAUGGUCGCAUUGCUUUUGCCGUGCCCAAAGAUCAACAGCCCUAUAUUAAUGAUAUUAUAACAAAGGCUGAGGGAAAAAUAUUAACACCACUCAUUGAGUUGGAUACACCGGGCAAGGAGACUGUACGCGUUAUUAUAUUGGCUGAUCCGGAUGGUCAUGAAAUUUGUUUUGUGGAUGAGGAAGGUUUUGGUAAAUUAUCGGCUGUGGAAGAUGAUGCCGAUAAAAUGUUGGAUAAAUACAUUGGCAAAGAUCCAUUCCAAAAAGAGUUGGAUGCUAAAGAGCAAUGAAAUACGAAUUUAUGAUAUACUUUUUUCAUUAAAACACAAAAGACCACUAACCAGUAGAUAUUAUAAAGGCACCUCACAUUUUCGGAUAAUUAUUUAAAAUACUGUAUUAGCAGUUUUAUUUUGCAAAUAUAAUCUUACACAUUUGAGUAUUUUUCAAA